GCGGCAUUUCAGCAAGGGAGAUUUACACCAGAAGUGACUGGAUUUGUGGGUGCAACAGGAAGAAUGCCCUUUUCUGCUUUCGUUGCAUACUUUUCGGGGGUAGGUGUUACAGAUUUAGUGCACCUGAGUGAAAAAAUUAAGAAGCAUGAAAACUCUAAAACACAUCUUCAUAAUUCGAUGGAAUUGGCUUUAUCGGGGACUGUUAACAUCAGAGCUCAGUUAGAUUCAGCAUAUUGGAGAAAUAUACAACAGCAUAAUGAUACUGUUACAAAAAACAGAAGAGAAGAAACCGAGCCAGCGCAAGUUAAAACGGGUAUCGAUAAUUUUGCAAAAUAUAAAGAGAGAAAUAAAAUUGGUGACAUAAUAAAUGAAGCCAAAAGUAUUUGCACUGAACCCCAAGGCAACAAAAGGAGACGACGUAAUAAUAGUAGUCACGAUCACCGAGUUGCCGCAUUAGAAGUAUGCGACAAUAUAGUGAAUUCUGCAAAUGACAGAUUUCAAUUCAAAGAUCAUACGGUAGCCGCAUCCCUUUUUUCCCCGAACACUUUGGAGAAUACCGUGGAUUUGAGUUUUUUCAAGUAUCUUACAGAAGGUAGACAACGGGUAAGUAUAUUGGUCUAUAAUUGGUCAGCUCCAUCUUAUCACCACCCCUGUUUCAAUCACUUUGCUGAUAAUAUAGGUAUAACCACUGAAGACAGAGAGGCGAAGAAGAGGAGGGAGAAGGUGGCAUAA